ACAAGACCUUCUCAUUUUCUCGUUUGCUGCGGAAAGUUUAAAAAUAGUUAAAUAUAUUCGCUGAUGAACGCUGUGAUAUAAAUUGCCUCGGCUUUCGGUUCUCCGAUCGAACGAGCCUCAUCUCGUAUUGGAAAAGAUUCCCGCACAAACUCCGAUUAUGGCUUCGAAAAUGACGCUUUCCCAAGCAUUAGGAACAGAUGGAAGCGAUUAUAAUCAUAGGCAAAAGAUUGCAACACACUAUCAAGUUAGUGCAACAAAUAAAUCAAGACUGAAGUAUUGUAUAUUUUUUCACUACUUGUUAUUUUUUGUCAUGCGUGCUAAACUUUCUGCAGAUAUAUUAGAUUACCUAGACAUAUUUAUCUUAGAGGUAGAAGAGCUACAAAUACCACAGCCAUUAUGGUGGGAAUAUAUAUGGUGCACUAGUUUGUUAUUAUCUUUCUCGCUCUCUCAGCGAUUUAAAAGAAAAUAAAAUUAAAAACUGCAGAGAUAUAUGAUAGGAAUCGUUUUACUAGGUUAUGGUUCACUGAUAUAUGCUAUUGUAUAUUAUUUUAAGGAUGUCUGGGCAUACUUAACUGUGGGUGAAUCUGCUGAUAUUUUUUGUGGAAGGAUCUACCAUAUGGCGUACUUUGGUAUGCAUUUAUUCUUUUAGCAUCACAAGUUCAUUUUUUCUC